AUGGUAGCUGCCAAGGACAUUGACAAUGCAUCUGAACUUGACACAAUGUUGACACUCAUGCAAGAGAUGGUCAUCCAAUAUGUGCGUCAGGGUCAAAAUGAGACAGGGCCUGUUGUCACCUUUCAACGUCCCGAACAAUUGUACAAGGCCAUGGAUUUUUCACUACCUACCCAAGGCACUGGUAUAGAAGGCACAUUUGAGCUUAUCAAGUCAACACUUAAAUACAGUGUCAAUUCAUGGAACCCUCGAUUUAUGGAUAAAUUGUACGCUGGCACCAACCCCAUUGGCGUUAUUUCCGAGCUGCUGUUGGCUGUAUUGAACAGCAAUGUUCAUGUGUACCAUGUAUCACCCGUAUUCACCUUGAUGGAGAUUGAAGUGACCAAGGCAGUAGGACGAUUAUUAAAUAUGGGAGAAAAUUCAGGCGGUUUAUUGUGUCCAGGCGGUUCAGCGUCCAAUUUAUUGGCACUGGUUACCGCUAGAAACAAGCUAUUCCCAAUGAUCAAAUCAGAGGGCUACUUUCCACGACCCAUGAAUCCAGCAGCCAGCUACGGCAAACUGACAGUAUUCACCUCGCUGCACAGCCAUUACAGCAUUGAUAAAUCAGCCCAGGUCCUGGGGUUAGGCACAGACAAUAUAGUCAAAGUACCAGUGGAUGACAUUGGAAGAAUGCAAGUAGAUGAAUUAGAGAGAUUGCUGUUGCUGAGUAUCGAAAAGGGUGAGACGCCAUUUUUCAUCAACGCAACAGCUGGAACAACAGUGUUGGGCGCAUUUGAUCCUAUCCGCAAGAUAUCAGCGCUUGCCAAAAAGUACAAUUGCUGGCUUCAUGUGGACGGUUCUUGGGGAGGCACUGCCAUCUUUUCAGAUAAAGUAAGGACAGAGAGAGAUUGGUUUGACGGCUCUGAAUUGGCAGAUACAUUCACAUUGAAUCCACACAAACUGCUCGGCGUUCCAUUGCAGUGCUCCAUGCUGAUCACACCCCAUCAUGGCCACUUGCUGUUUGCCAAAGCCAACUCUUUGCGAGCCGAUUACCUGUUUCACGGUAAUCCCUAUGAUCUGGGAGCGGGCACCAUUGGUUGCGGUCGUCGUCCCGAUGCUGCCAAGGUGUUUUUGGCCUGGAAGUUCUACGGCCAGCAAGGAUUGGGUGCUCGCGUAGACAGAGCCUUGACUUCAGCGGAGGAAUUCACUCGACUGGUGAAACAACGCAGCUCGUUUGUACUCGUCAAAGAUCCAAGCCCUUUCCUACAGAUCUGUUUUUGGUUUGUACCACCACAGCUGGCGGAAGCAGGUAAAGACAUUGACUUAUCCAUGGUAACAAGAGAGCUCCAUCGCAGGGUGAAUCAGUCUGGUGAAUUUAUGGUCGAUCACGCACCUCUGGUUGGUAAACCAGACUUCUUUCGCAUUGUAGUCAAUGCGCCCACAGUGAACCUGCAUCGUGACCUAGAAAGACUCCUUGAUGCAAUUGAGGAGGCCAAUGCAACUGUCGAUUGGAGCACUGUACAGUGUUGA